CAAAGGGGAAGUGAUCUGGGGCAGGAGCGAUGGCCCGGGUCUGGAGCCCGCGGCCGCCGCCGCCUCCGUCAGCACGUCGGGAGCAGCCGCGGCCGGAGCCGGAGCGAGGGCCGGAGUCGCGGCUGGAUUGGGGGCAGCGCGUGUGAGUUGCCCGAGCUGGAACACCUCAAACUCUAGGCGGGAGUGCUCUAAGUGGGCUGGGCCGCAGUCGCCUUCAGCACCGCGCCCCCCAGGCCCAAACAGCCGGGCUGGGGUCUACCCUGGCGCAGGACUGGCUCUUCUCAGGACGAGCCCUCUGAGUUGAGCUCUGGGUCUUCCUCAGUCUCGGGCUCCCUUCAGACUCAGGACGGAGGCCGGAAAACGGUGAUCAUCCCAGACCCGUGCCAGCUUCCUGGCCCCGGCAUCUUCUCAGCGGCCACGCAGUGCAGAGUUGUAGCGGGUGGGACCCCCUUCUGCCACCUCUCCAGCCAGGAAGGGACUAGCACGUUCCCAAGUUCUUGCUCUGCACCCGCCCCUCCCCUCCCAUUCAAGAAUAAGUUUCUUUUCUCUCUUUUUUGGAAAUCCUGUCCCGAAGAUACAAAACACCUAUUCUGUGUGCCCUUCCCUAGCUCCUGGAGCACCUUUAGAAAUAUUGCGUACUUAUCAGGGCUGAGAAUUUCUCAUUCUUGACUUGGUUUUUUUUCCCCCUUUGGGAUUCAGAGGUUGUCCCCCCCUUUUCACACUCUUAACUGACACUCUAUGCCUAGGGCCUUAUCCAUUUGGAUCACCAGCUCUCUGGCCAUCUGUAUGUGAUUCCCCCCACCCAUCUGAGUUCCAGUUUCCUCUGGGCUCCCAUCUCCAGUCGCCAGUGGAUCUGGUCAGUCCCACCCCUAGGUGGGAGUGACCAGGGGGCUCUGGCCCGGGAUUCCCCACCCUGGAAGGCAGCUCCAAGGCAGCAAGAGAAUUGGGCGUCGGGUACGAACCUGGCUGCUCAGGAGUGGGCGCUCCACUCACCCCACACAAGAAGAUGAAAAAGCGCAAAGAGCUCAAUGCAUUGAUCGGCUUGGCUGGCGACAGCCGGAGAAAGAAGCCCAAGAAAGGCUCAAGCAGCCACCGCCUGCUUCGCACGGAGCCUCCUGACUCAGACUCUGAGUCUACCUCCGAGGAGGAAGAGGAAUUCAGUGUGGUUGGAAAUCGCUCUCGCUUUGUCAAGGGAGACUAUUUACGAUGCUGCAAGAUCUGUUAUCCUCUCUGUGGUUUUGUCAUCCUUGCUGCCUGUGUUGUAGCCUGUGUUGGCUUGGUGUGGAUGCAGGUUGCUCUCAAGGAGGAUCUGGAUGCCCUCAAGGAAAAAUUUAGAACAAUGGAAUCUAAUCAGAAAAGCUCAUUCCAAGAGAUCCCCAAACUUAAUGAAGAACUACUCAGCGAACAAAAGCAACUUGAGAAGAUUGAAUCUGGCGAGCUGGGCUUAAACAAAGUGUGGAUAAACGUCACAGAAAUGAAUAAGCAGAUUUCUCUGUUGACUUCUGCAGUAAACCACCUCAAAGCCAAUGUUAAGUCAGCUGCAGACUUAAUUAGCCUGCCUGCCACUGUAGAGGGGCUUCAGAAGAGCGUAGCUUCCAUUGGCAAUACUUUAAACAGUGUGCAUCUUGCUGUGGAGGCAAUACAGAAAACUGUGGAUGAACAUAAGAAAACCUUGGAAUUACUGCAGAGUGAUACGGAUCAGGAGGAGACUGCUGGAGGCACCCAAGUCAUUCUGACACCUUCAGCCACAUCAGAACUUGACAAUAAAACCCACAGUGAGAAUUUGAAACAGGAUAUCCUGUACCUUCACAACUCUUUAGAGGAGGUAAACAGUGCCCUGGUGGGGUACCAGAGACAGAACGAUCUUAAACUCGAAGGGAUGAAUGAGACAGUCAGUAAUCUUACCCAGAGAGUCAACCUGAUAGAAAGCGACUUGGUUGCUAUGAGCAAGUUAGAAAAGAAAGCAAACCUGUCCUUCAGCAUGAAAGAAGAUAGUUCAAAUUCUCAGGUAUCCAAGCUAAGAGAGAAACUGCAGCUUAUCAGCGCUCUCACAAACAAACCUGAGAGCAACAGGCCUCCAGAGACUGCCAGUGAAGAGCAAGUACAGAGUUUCACAUCAAAGCCGUCAGCAUUGCCAAAAUUUUCACAGUCUCCUGGAGGCUCAAUUGAGAAAGCUGCCCAACUAAGACCUAUCUCCCUACCAGGAAUUUCUAGCAUUAAAGAUCUUCAGGAUUUAUUCCACAAGACUGGCCAAGACGUGGAUGGGAAGCUGACCUACCAGGAAAUCUGGAACUCACUUGGUUCUGCCAUGCCAGAACCAGAGAGCUUGAGAGCAUUUGAUUCCGAUGGAGAUGGAAGAUACUCAUUCCUGGAGCUAAGAGUAGCCUUAGGUGUCUAGCCUCACUGGGCAUGUUUUAGAAAUGGCUGUGUACUCUGGACUGCCUAAUAGCUACUUACCUAACAGAAACCACCCUUACCCAUCAGUCCUCUAGUCCUCCAAACUACUGUAGCAGACACAUUGCCACCUUUUAAUUGUUUGAAGAAGCUAUAUAAAAGUUAUUUUUUUAAGAAAGAAGACCAUUUUACUUAUAAUAUGAUGUUCAGAAAUCUAUGAUUUCCUGACACCAGUAAAAUCUUACAUUUUUAAAUUGCCAGAAGAAAAUAAUAAAGCCCUCUUUUUUUCUCUUUCCUUUUUUUGAGAGGAGGAGACCUUAUCUUUUAAAACUGGGUAAUGUGUAUAUAGAGAGAAUAAGCCACCUUUUAUAUUUCACAUAAAUUUGCCUUAAAUUAGCUGCACUUUAUAGAGACUCAGAAAAUGUCUUUUCUUUAAAAGAUAGGCCUUUUCUGUUUGUAAAUAUUUAAAAAGAAAGAAAGGUUGUGCAUAUUGUGUGGAAAGUAGGAAGAAUGGUUUUGAACAGCAUAUGAAGAAAUGACUUGUUAUUAAAAAUUGCUAAUCUGAUCUGGGUAGCAGUUGAAACUGUGUCCACAUCUCCUUAAGGCAUCCCUCAAAGGCCCAGAUGCUGCUAUGGGCUUUGGCUUGGUGGCUGGGGGAAUAGAUUCAGGGAGUGGACACUGUGAAGACAGUGCUGACUCCAGGCUUAGGAAAGUAGGAUUCUGGUCCUUUGUUCCUGUUCCCUCAGCUAAUCCCAACCUGGGAAUCAGAGAAGUCUUAUUGGGGAUUUUUCUCAUUUUUAAUCUUAUUUCAGGGUUUAUGAGCCUAAAACCUUAUCCAUUUUACCUCUUCAGAAAGCUAGAUUGUCUUCCCCCACCCACCCACUCACAUUUAUCUUUAAGCUAUAGCUGGCUUCCACCUCCAGUACCAUCUCCAUUCUGAAUGGCAGGGCUAACUUCCCCCGUCACUGUCUCAGACUGACCAUCCAGAGCCUUAGAGGAGAGCUAUGCCCCUGAUUUUGACCCAUGAAACAACACCCCUUGAGAUUUUACCUGAGGGCUAAUGAAGAACCUGGUAUGUUUCUCUGUGGGAAGAACAAGGCCAAAAAGGUUAUGAAAUGAAACAUGUGAAAUCAUAUUUGAUAUCUUAGAGUUAUCAGCUCAGAAGUAGCCAGAGGCUUUCUGUCCAGAAUAUGCUGAAGUAUGGUGGGGCAGGCCUGGAGCAGGGGCCUUCAUGCGAUGGUAGCAAGUUUUUUCAAAUCUAAUACACACAAAUGCAAUACUCCCUUCAAAUACUUUGGUGGACCUGGCACAAACGGACUGGAAGGAAUAAUACUUCCAUGUCCCCUGUAUGUUGAGUCUAAACUUGAUGUGUUGUUCCUAGAAGCAGUCUUUGGGCAACACAAAAGGAAAAAACUAUAUAACUUUGUUUUAGGCCAAGUCGGGGAGAAACGAGAAGCUUUCACGGCACAGACUUCUUUCAUAGAGAUCAUUGCCUUUUUAACUUUGUUCAAGUUGCCCUGUCAGCCUUGAAUACAGUCUAGCACCCUUAAAUAUUUAAGGGCUGAUUUUUUUCUUUAUGAUGUUCAGUUAGGUGUUGACUAACCUUAAAUUUUUUUCUAGAAGUAUUAAAAUUUAGUUAAAGCAAGAUGAGUCUUUUUCCAUGAAUGUGUCUGCUUAUCUCAUAAUGGCUUAUGCUUCUCCCUUUUUUUUUCGUUAACAUUUCCCUUGCUCAUCUAAGCGAUUUCACUUUCUUGGAAAGGUUAAAGUAUAGUAUAAAAUUAGCCUGGCACUUUAGAUAACUUGAAGAUAACUCUCGCUCUUCUGGCUGCCUUCCAUGCCCCCCCCCUUUUUUUAACAUAUACAUCCUUACAGAUUUUAUAACAACCAAAUAAAAUUCUAGCAAUAAAUUGAAUUAUACUGCUAUAUUUGUAUAUACUGACCAUGAAUAGUAUGUCUGUACCUGGAAGGUAUUUUUUUCAAGAACUGAUUUAUAUGAAAUAUACUUGAGGGUAAUGUAGCUUGUCCUUUUUAGUUUCAAAUUCUUAUUCAUAGGCAGAUAUUUCGAAGACACUUUAACUCUUUGUUGUAUGUACUUUUCUUUUGCAUCAGAUAGCUGUAGGUGAAGUCCAUCUUGUUUUUUAGUUUAUCUUCUGUUCUUCCUACCUCUCUCAAGCUUGUCUGACUAGCAGCAUCCCUGAGCCAGUGUGUAGUACCGUCUUCUCCCCCACCAAGUUUGGCAGAGGUGUUUAUGCUAUACUCUCAGACCUAUGAAUACCCUUGUCAUCUUGCCUGAGAAAGUACCGUAUCUUCCAGGCAGAAAUAGAGUAUCUUGAACUCCUUUGCUCUAACUUGAACAUACUCACUGGCUUAAGAAAAGAGCCCCAUAAGCCUACUCAAUGUUGAUUUGAGAUUUUUAUUUAUCUUAACUUACCCAGCCUGUGACUUGUGUUCAGCUGUAGUCAAGCCUCACCUGCUGCUGCUGUGAGAGGAAGAUUGGGUAGUGAUGGUGAAUUUGGUUUUGGUUUUGAUUUUAAAUCCUUUUACCGUUUUAGCCUAGCAGCUCCUACUGCUUCUUUCCUAAGUUACCCAAAGCACUGCUUCUUGGUCCUUUUUUUCUUUUGCCUUGUACUAGCUGAUAUAAUGUUUACUAAAAGAGCCUCCCCAUAAAACAGAGAGGCAAAAAGGUAGUGUAGAAAGAGAAGAGCCACAAGAAGAGAGUACCUAACUUCAAGAUGAAUGCAGUGUCAUCUAAAGGGCAGAGGGGUGCCUGGCACUCAGGAAUAUGUCUGAUGCAACAAAGCUGAAGAGUGGACACCCUUCACCUGCCGCUGCCCAUUCUCCCUUCCACUGGAGUUUCCUUUCUUUACAGUUGCUGUACAUAACCCCUUCAGCUCCCUUGCUGGUCCCAGCGGUCACAGUUGACGAUUUUGACUGUGAUGGCCUCAUACUCAUAUGAUGGCCUGUUGAGUUGUUUUUAGUGAUAGGUUUUGUUUGCUACACACCUCAUUGGCUCACUUACCAGCACCAGCUAGAUGUGGUCCCUUCUUUCAAUCCAAACCAGAACACGUUUGGGUAUUCCUGAAACUUUAUAGAGCGUGUAUUGUUUGUUAUACGAACCUAACCUACCUUGUUGUUUUCUCAUAUUAAGAAAUGUAAAUCUAUUUUGUUUUAAUGGAGCUAUUUUGGUAAUGUAUUAAUAUGAGCAAUUUUGGUUCUGUUUAUGGCGUGAAUUCAAGGCUUCCAUGACUUGAUUUGAGCUUUGCUUAUUUCAUAUCAGUAAUAUAGCCAUUUUAAUUUAUCUAAAUAAAACGUUUCCUUUUUCUCUCA